AUGGCCAGCGCUAGGCGUCUGCUGCUGCUGCUCUGCCUGCUGCCUGCGUCCCUGGCGUGGAGGAGAAAGGGCCUGGGACAGUCCUACAAGGGGGCCGGAGGCUUCAUCCUCAGCCCUUCUUCCCACCUGGCUGCUGGGCCCCACCGCCUCCAUCAUCCUCUGUGGACCCUCCUGCCUCCGUUUUUGCCGCAGUGGAUUGGGGAGGCCUGUGAGAGACACGAGGAAUGCCAGAGCAGCUGCUGCGUCAAAAACAGCCUGAGCCCCCAGAAGUUCUGCACCCCCCGGAAUGUCUUCCAGCAGUGCCUGUCCUGGCAGAAGCCGAACGGGCACUCCUGCCAGGGCCACUCGGAGUGCCAGAGCGGCUGCUGCACCACCAACGGCUACAGACCGCAGAUGUUCUGCACGGCCAGGACGCUCUUCCUGCAGUGCCUGCCCUGGCGCAAGCCCAGGGGGGACUUCUGCCUGAAGCACAGCGAGUGCCGAAGUAAGUGCUGCGUCAGGCUGAGCGAGCUCAGCAGGCACCGGUGCGUUCCCCGGAGCGGCAUCCUGGCCCAGUGCCUGCCCCCAGUGAGUCCCGGGCUCCGCCUCCAGAGGUGGACUGGCCUCUGUUUCCCUCUCCUGCAGCAGGAGCAUGAGGGGGCGGCAGAGGGCACAGCCGUGGACGGACCCCAGAGCAGCACUGGGCGAGCUGGUGCCCACACAAGUGAGUCCGAGGGUGUCUGGGCAGAUCCACCGGUGGAGGCGGCAGUGCCGGGGAGAGUUCUCACCUUGUCCUCCAGUGACGUGGACCCCGCGGACGUCCACUUGUCAGGCCUGAGUCCAGCAAGUCCCCAGGCCGCCUACCUGCCUCCAGAGCAGAGGCCCUGGCUCUUCUGGAAACUCUUCUUGGGGGCAAAUACCACAGCCCGCUCCUCUGUUCCCCGGACGCCAGAAAGUUAA